AUACUUUCAAUUUUAAUUCAUCUAGAUUCUAGUUGAUCCAUAUUUUCAAAAUUUAAAUAAAAAAGAAAAUCUUUAAUACAAAUUUAUAGCUAAUGUAGAGAGGGACCAAAAUGCUUACCUUUUAAAGGCAAAGGCAUGAGUCCAAAUAAAUAUUUUGAAAAUACUACUUUCAGUUUCAGGCUUAAACACUCCAAAGUUGAUUCGAAGAGAAGAGAAAUAAAAAGAAAAACUUAAACACUCCAAAGUUUAUUCGAAGUGAAGAGAAAUAAAAUAAAAAAAUAAAAUAAAUCCAAGGGUGAAGGAAAGUCACGUGAAGAAGGUGAAUUUGUGAUCAUAUCUAAUGAGAAUGACAGUUCCUUUAAUGUCUUGGACUCACAUGCCUGGCCUGUUAUUUAUAAUCUGUUAAAAAAAAAAAAAAAAAGGAAAAACCAUUUAAAUUUAGAUAGUGGAGGCAUUUUACCUUUUUGACAUUCUAACCAUUCAAAUAACUCUAAGCCAAUUCCUUAAUGAAUAUAAGAUAAAUAUUAAACAUUAUAAAAAUAAAGUUGGUUUUAUAAUGGAAGAGACAAUAAAGAAAAAAAAAAAAGAACAAGUAGAAACCUUAUUAUUAUUAUGCGUAGGACUUGGGAGCAUGAACAAACCAAAAAAAUAUCUGCUCCCGUUUCAUACUCGAAAUAAAUAAAUAAAACGGAGAAAGUGAAAAAAGGGAACGGCCACGUGUCGAAAGCACAACGUUCUGAUGGAAUAUGCGGCGAUUCUAAUCUUUGAGAUUUAUACUUAAUUAAUAGAUACUUACCAACUUAAAAACAUUUGGUGGAGGAAGUGCAGAGGACAGAAGCGUCGUAUAAAUCUAGCCCUCUUUGCUUUCCUCUGCUCUGACCUGCUCUGCUCUGACCUGCUCUGCUCUGCUCCGACUCACUCUCAGAACCUUCUCUUCCUCUUUUCACUCUCAUUCCCUUUCCUACUACUUCUCUAUAUUUAGUUCUUUAAAGAUCUUAUUUCGUUUCCCCCCUUUUUUUUUUUACGAAUCUUGAGUUUAAAGUUUAGAGGGCUAUGGAAUUCCAGUACCCAUCAAUGGGGCGAGUUUGUUCCGCCGGAAUUAAGUUCAGAGAAGUUCGGACCAUCACCGACAAACCGGCGCCGGAGACCAAGCUCGUCCGAAUUUCCUACACCGACGGCGAUGCGACCGAUUCGUCCAGUGGUGAAGACGAAGAGCCAAUCCUCAUCCGCCACGUCAAACGCCACGUGACUGAGAUCAGGCUUCUCACUUCCGAUUGUUCCAAAAAGCCACUGCCGCCGAAAUCGAGAGUUAAGCCGCCGUCGAAUUCGGAGAGCCAUAGAAAGUUUAGAGGAGUUCGGCGGCGGCCGUGGGGCAAAUGGGCAGCGGAGAUCAGAGACCCUUUACGUCGAACAAGAGUUUGGCUUGGAACCUACGAGACGGCGGAGGAAGCCGCUGUCGUUUACGACCGUGCUGCCGUCCGCCUUAGAGGUCCCAACGCUUUUACCAAUUUCGUCGCCGAAGCUCCCAAUUCCAAAACAACUGUUGUCACAUAUCUCCCUCCACCGCCACCACCGCCGCCGCCGGAAAAUCAUAGUACGGCAGCGGUGGGAGUUUCCUACAGCAAAGAAUCCCGAAAUCACUGCUCUCCGACUUCCGUCUUGAGAUUAGAAGAACAAAAUUGGAGACCCAUUGAGCAUCUAAGCGAAGAAUCAGGAUUAGAAGACGAAUUCAAUUGGUUAUAUGAUUGGAACUCCAACAGUUUCUUGUUCAAUCUAAGAAGCCCACAACCGUUAUUUUCCGACCAAAUGGAACUGGAAAUCCCGAAAUGGGAAGAUUUCGGGGACAUUUCGGUGGAUUUCGAUUCAUGUAAAUGGGACGUAGAGAAUUAUUUUCAAGAUCCAAGCUUUAGUAUCGCAUUGACUGACUGACUGACAAAUUAGCUGGGAUCGUACGAGCAGCUGUGUCUGUGAGAGGUUUUAUUUUUGCCAUCUUUUUUUUUUUAUUUAUUUAUUAAUUUGUUAUUAUUAGUUUCUAAAUUUUUGUGUUCUAAAUUACGUUUUAUGAGCUUUUAUUUUUGGAGUGAAUUGUAUUGUAUGGAAAUAGAAUAGUGAGAUGCCCCUUUAUGCAAUCCCCCACUCUUUCUAGAUUUGAGAUAUGUUCAAUAAAUG